AACCUUUAUGUUAUAGGGAUUUUAUGUUAUACGAAGCGUAAAAUACAUGUAAAUAGCCUAAUCCGUUCCAAGAUCUUCCCAAACUCACCCCUUUGGCACUUCAAAAUAUUCAAAGUCCACCAAAUAUGGUGGGAAAAUAUAAGAAAACGUUAGCAUAAACAUAGUAGAGUAACAUUCCAAUAUAAAAUAAGGUAAUAAAUAAGAUUACUGUAAAUGAAUAAAACUGAAAAACAAAAACAAUCCUACCGUUCACGAGAUGUCUUGAUCAGGAAUGCAAGUGGAGGCAGGAAGGAGGAGGAGGACUAGCCUGAGUCGAAACACGACUCAAAGAGUCUAAGAGUCAGCUGGUCUCACAGGCAAACGCACACGCACUACACGAUAAUGCUGUGUGCAAAAUUUUUAUUUGUAACUUAAUUGUUUAAGUUAGUUUAAGGGGGACUACGGAGAGGAAGGAGGUUGAAGGGACAAGCCUGUCUCUCACUCAAACUCACGUACGUGCUGUAUAACUCAGCCAUUGAGAUGAGAGCGUAGGCGGUGCCCCGAUAAUCAACCAAUGAGAGCGUGAUGCGUCAGAAGGCGUCAGUGUUAGUCUGAACUUGCACCGAUUUGAGGCAUUAACAAAGUUGAUUGAAAAAAAAAAAAGACUUGCACUGACUUGACGCUUUAUGUUAUAUAGAAUUUCUUCUGUAAUACGAAGCAAAAAUUUUACAUAAAUUCUUUAUGUUCAGUGGAAUUUAUGUAAAAGGAGGUUUAUGUUAUGUGAGGUACUACUGUACUGGAUUUUUUUUUGUUCGAUUUUUUUAAAUUUUUAUUUUUAUUUUUGUUUAAUUCAGCCCUAAUUGUUUUUUUUUAAUACCUGUAUAUGAUUUGGUUAAUUAAUAAUUUUUUUUUAAUGGGGAUUUAUAGCAAAUUUACAGAGCAAGUAGUAGUUCAAAUAAAAUGACAUUGAAUUAUUAUUUUUUACGAUUAGGAUUUUUUGGGGGAAUUUUAGAUUCAUCGCAAAUUUGGUUCAAAUAAAUAAAAUACAAAAAUUGUUAGGGAAUCUUAGAUUUAGACAAAAAUCUACAGAUUUACAGCGCUAAUUUCACAUUUUUAGUUAAAAAGUACUCUUUGUGUAUUUUUUUAAAUUGAAGUGGCCGGCCAAUGAAUGAAGCAUCAUCCAAUACUUCUUGAGUGAAUGUCCUGAUGUCUGAAAAGAGUGGAAACAUCCCUGCUCCGUGCACGCCCCUCCUCCUCCUCCUCCUCCUCCUCCUCCUCCUCCUCCUCCUCUUCUCUUCCCCCUCCCCAUCGUGACGUCAUGACCGUUUAAAGCUAUCUCCUCUGGGCGUCCUCCGGCCGCUCCUCACACCGCCGUCACUUUCCUCACUCUCCUCGCCAAUGCUUCACACCAUCUCUGCCUUGUUGGGUGUGUGUCCCACGCGUGGGAAGCGCCACAAGAUUAAGGGCUUCACCUGAGAGCAGCCACUACCUGCCGUCCUCUGCGUGGAAGCCUGAAGGAGGGCGGCGGGUGGGAGAUCAUCACUUCCCCGCAAACCUCAACUCAUCUCGCUGGAGGAAGGAGCGAGAGAAGCCGGCGUGGCGAUAUGAACGACUCGCUGGCGGCAAAUGACUCCUCGGCUGUGGAAGCUCUCCCGUGGAUGGAGGCGGAGAUGCCGGAACACAACGGCACCCUGGAGUUCUCCACCGCCCCCUUCGCGUUCCCGGUGAACCCGUGGGACAUCAUGCUGUGCAUGUCGGGCACCGUCAUCGCUUGCGAGAACGCCAUCGUGGUGGCCAUCAUCUUCUACACGCCCACGCUCAGGACUCCCAUGUUUGUGCUCAUUGGGAGCCUGGCCACGGCCGACCUGCUGGCCGGCGUGGGAUUAAUCCUCAACUUCGUCUUUCAGUACGUGAUCUCAUCCCAGACUGUGAGUCUUGUGACUGUGGGCUUCCUGGUGGCGUCUUUCACGGCGUCCAUCAUCAGCCUCUUGGCCAUCACGGUCGACCGCUACUUCUCCCUCUACAACGCCCUCACCUACUUCUCAGAGAAGACCCUUCAGUACGUGCACCUGAUGCUUCUGGGCACCUGGGGGGUGUCCCUGUUCCUGGGCCUGCUGCCGGUCCUGGGCUGGAACUGCCUGGACGAGCCGGCCUCCUGCAGCAUCGUGCGGCCUUUGACCCGCAGCAAUGUGACGCUGCUGGCCGUGUCCUUCUUCGCCAUCUUCGUGCUCAUGCUGACCCUGUACUUCAAGAUCUGCAAGAUCGUCUGCCGCCAUGCCCACCAGAUCGCCCUGCAGCAGCACUUCUUCGCCACCUCGCACUACGUCGCCACCAAGAAGGGCGUGUCCACCUUGGCCAUCAUCUUGGGAACGUUUGGCGCCAGUUGGCUGCCCUUCGCCAUCUACUGCUUGGUGGGCGAGCGGGAGUACCCUUCGGUGUACACUUACGCCACGCUGCUGCCGGCCACCUACAACUCCAUGAUCAACCCCAUCAUCUACGCCUACAGAAACGCAGAGAUCCAGCGCUCCAUCUACAUUCUCCUUUGUGGCUGCUUUCAGGCCAACGCCGCCUACCGCUCCAGGUCGCCCAGUGAGGUCUGAAGCUGCCGGUGCUCUUCAAGGCGUGCAGAACAAAGCAUCACGUGACUGUUGACUCUCUGCUUCUCGUCCACAGUGAAGACUUCACCAACACAAGCCCUGUCUCAUGCAUUCUCUGGUACCACUUUACAAUCAGGCCACGGUUUAUUCAUUGAUUAGCACUGUGACAAUAAGUCGGAAUGUUGCCCGACAAAAAUUGGAAUGUUAUGACGUUAAAGUCGUAGCGUUACAAGAUUGAAUUUAUUUGAAUUUUACUGGCAGAAGACUAAUGUGGUAAUGUUUACGAGUAAGUAUUCUGAAAUUGACGACAAUUUACUCAUAACGUUACAAGAAAAGUCGUAAUGUUGUGAGAUGAACUUGUAAUGUUGUGAAGUUAAAGGAAAACUGCACUUUUUUUUGCAAUUUUGCCCAUCAUCCACAAUCCUUAUGUGAGACAUCGACACGUCUUUCUCUUUUCUGUGCACUCUAAAGAUAUAAAACAGCUAAAAACAGGCCGCAAAGAAUGCACAUGAUGGGACGCACCUAUUUCGCCGAUAAAGACUUCGGGAAAAAACCUCCAAAAACCGCCAGCAACGCUCCAUUUACAAAUAAUGCGACCUGCAUGUUAACUGAGCUACAGCAACUUUGGUAUUAUCAUUGUUAUUAACAUACAUUGUUACGCCAAAGAACUACGUUACUGGCGUAGUGACACCUCGCAAACCACACCGCCUAACUACUAGCUGGCUAGCGUAUAGCUUUGCCACACACCAUACAGCUAAAUACUAUAAGUAUUACAUGUUAUCAUGAAUGUACCAUGUUACUACAUGGUUACAACAUGGAUAUAAAACCAUAAAACCUUGUUGGAGGUGUUUUAAUUGUGGGCUUUCUAGUCCGAAUAGGUGUGUCCCAUUACAUGCAUUGAUGCCUCUUUUUGUCUGCUUUUAUAUCUUUAGAACGCACAGAAAAGACAAAGAUGUGUGUUCAUGUCACAUAGGGAUUGUGGAUGAUGGGCAAAAUUCCAAAAAAACGCGCAGUUAACCUUUAAAGCUGUAUGGUUACGAGCGAAAAGCCUUUUAUCGAAACAUUUGGAAUUUUGCCCGGAAAGUCGCAAUGUUAUGACGUUAAAGUUGUAGUAUUGUAAGAUUUAUUUUGAGGAUAAGCCUUUUGUUCUUAGAAGAAUAAAGUGGUAACAGUGCGAGAUUGAAGUCUGAAUGUUGUGAGUAAAUUUACUUUAUAAAUUGAGUAAAUUUACAAUCUACUCAUAACGUUACAAGAAAAGUCGGAAUGUGAAGAGUUUAAGUCAUAACGUUUCAACGAAAUAUUUGUAGUCUUGCCGGAAAAGUUCCAAUGUUGCGAGAGAGAGUUGUUUUCUUGCGAAAUGAAAGACGUUAUUAACCCUGCGAGAUUAAAUUUGUAAUGUUACGAGAUGGACGCUGUCAUGCUGCAAGUAAAUACUCGUAACAAUUUCCCCAAAACGUUACAAGAAAAGUCGUAAUUGUUUGAGACUGAGUCGUAAUGUUGUGAGAUUGAAGCGGUGAUGUUACGAGACUGAAGUUACGUUUCGAGUAGAUACGUUACAAGAAAAGUCGUAACGUUUCGAGAUUACGUCAUAAUGUUAUGGGACUCAUCAUGUUUCAAGACUUGAUUUGUUAUGGUAAAGUUUCACAAUAUUGCGACAUUUUCUCGCAAAAAUGCAGCUAUUUUAACAUUCCAACUGUUUCAGGUUGUAGUUGUCUAAGAGCAAUUUAACAGGUUUCCCAUAUUUUUAAAAAAUAGUGUCUUUAUUGUCUUGCAAAUUACGACUUUUCAGUCUCUUGUGAUUUUUUUUACCUCCAUUACCUCGCGAUGUUCUUCGUAAUUUUAUCAUUCUUCUUUCUUUUCAGAAGAACAGUACAAGUUUUACAAUUUAAAAAAAUGUAUUCUUGUAACAUUAUGGCUUUUUUUUCCUCAUAGUAUUACAACUUAAUUCUCUUUUAUGUUUUUCUUAAAACAUAUAUACCCACAAAACUCUUUCUCCUCUGUAUGUAAAGUGGUACCCAUUCGGUAUCUGCACUUUAACGUGUCAGCAAACAUUCUGGAGGGAGAAACGCUGUGAACAAGAAAGGUCUGUGGAAAAAAAAAAAAAACAACCUGUGAAUGUACCUAACAGAGAAAAGGAAUGGGAAAACUUGCACUUUAUUCUGUGUUUUGUUUAUUGUUUUUAUUUGGAAAUGCCAAAGCAGUAUUGUAUUGUACAGCCCUUAUUGUAUUGUGAACUGUGUGCCAUUUUUCUAUUUUGUAUUUGUUUUUUUUUGUCUUUGCUGUGUGUUUUCUACCAGAGGAAAAAAAAAGUAAAGCACUAAAAAUGUUAAAUAA